CCCCGGGAGAUUUAAAUUACGGCUCGCUAGCGAUGACCGUUCGCUUAAGCUAAUACUAUGAAAGAUUAAUUUGAGUGGAAGUGUUUAUUUUUCCUUGCUUCUUUCUUGUAUCGUUUCUCUUUGGUUUUACUAGCCUUCCGCUGAAGAUGGAACAUUUGCCGCCAGGGCGGCGGAUGUUGGGGCGUGACAGAAAUUGCUUCACCAGAAAAGAGGUGUGUGAAGAGUCUCUGUUCUCUAGAAUAGAGAUGGUAAGUGUGGCAGUCAGCACAGAGCCUUGUCAUGCCAGGUGGGAAGUAGAGACAGAUGAAGUUGUCUUGCAGAGGAGGCAAAAGCAGAUAGAUUAUGGCAAGUGCACACCUGGUUACCGGUGCUUUCUACAGCAGGUCCCCAAGGCACAGAGACAGCCAGGGCUUCACCCUCAAACACCAAACAAGAACAGGAGAUACAGCCGUCGUUCCUGGGAUGCCCAGAUCAGGCAAUGGAGAAGAGCCCUACAUACCUGGGACCCCCCCAGCCAGCCUCUACAGGGCAGGGGGGCUCAGGGGCAGGGAAUGCAGAGCCCCUUAGAGCUGAUGGAUUCUACCCCUUUGGAUAACCUUCUGGGUGACUGGGUCCAACCCUUGGAGAAUCUGGAUGAAUGCAAGAAAGGGGCCCAGUUUCUAGACUUGGUUCCUCUGUCCUCCCCUUCCAAGCUCAAUGUUGAAGAUCCCGAAGAUCCCCAAGAAUGAUUCUGCUUUCUAGCCAAUCACAGGAUCACAGCUAUUUACUUGUCCCAGACUUGAGUACGGCACAAAAUGUUUAGAAAAAAACAGAUGUCCUUCAGGGGGCUUGCUGUUAAAUGUUAAUAGUGAAGUUAAUUACAUUACUACUUUUUAACCAAUUCAAAAAUCUAAAACUCUGUCCUACAAAGAGAUCACAAAAUGAAGGCAUUAAAAACUCUCCCCCCCCCUUUUUUUUUUUGGCUUAUCUCACUGAUGCUGACAUUCAAAUUUUCAAAUUUACAGAAAAGCUAG